AUGACGAUCAAUGCGAAUUUCUAUUCGUUGUUUCUCGGUGGGGCCGACCGGUUACUGUCGAUCAUGGGGGAGAGCUUCCCCGAGCUAGGGUUAGUGAGGGAAGACUGCUUCGAAGUGAGCUGGCUUCAGUCGACCGUGUUUAUGGGUGGGUACUCCGUUGAUACCUCGCCGGAAGUUCUGCUGGACAGAGCUCGGGCGAAGGGUCAUUGGAAGGGGAAGUCCAACUACGUGCAGGAGCCCAUGCCCGAGUCGGGUUUGGAAGGUGUGUGGAAGUUGUUGUUUGGAGCAGAGGCGGAGUUUGUGCCGGUGACGAUGAAUGCUUAUGGAGGGAAAAUGACAGAGAUUUGCGACUCUGCCAUUCCGUUUCCCCACAGGAACAAUAAGUAUGCGGACAAUUAUAUAGAGUGGAGGAGUAGGGAGUUUGAUGAGUACUUGACACCUUACGUUUCGAGUAAUCCGAGGGCGGCGUAUCUCAAUUACAGAGAUCUUGAUCUCGGAGUUAACAAUGUUGUCGGGGAGACGAGCUACGAACAAGCUAGUCGUUGGGGGAAGAGGUAUUACAAGGGUAAUUUCGAUCGCCUUGUGAGGAUUAAGUCCGUGGUUGAUCCUAAAAAUUUCUUCAAGAACGAACAGAGCAUUCCACCAGUGCACUUGAGGUUUGGCUGA